AUGGUUGUCGAGCUGGACGUCGAGGCUCUGCUCAAGAAGCUCACGAAUUCCGAAAAAGUUGACCUGCUGGCAGGUAUCGACUUCUGGCACACCAAGGCUCUUCACAAGCAUGGAAUCCCCUCGGUUCGCCUCAGUGAUGGCCCCAACGGCGUUCGCGGAACCAGGUUCUUCGAUGGUGUGAAAGCCGCCUGUUUCCCCUGUGGCACAGCCCUCGGCGCCACCUUCAACACUGCCCUGCUUGAGGAGGCCGGCAGAAAGAUGGGCGAGGAGGCCAAGUUGAAGGGGGCCCAUUGCAUUCUCGGCCCAACAAUCAACAUGCAACGCGCGCCCCUAGGUGGGCGUGGAUUCGAAUCGAUCGGCGAAGAUCCUGUCCUGGCUGGCCUCGGGUCUGCUGCUAUUUGCAACGGCAUUCAGAGCACUGGCGUCCAGGCCACCCCCAAGCACUUUGUCUGCACGAUCAGGAGCACAGGCGCAACGCCGAUAUACGCAUGCCAUUCAGCUGACAGUCGCGACUCUAAGCCGGGAGCCUUCAUGACAGCAUACAACGGCGUUAAUGGUGUGUAUUGUAGUGAGAAUUCCGAUAUCCUUGAAAAGAUACUCCGGAAGGAGUGGGGAUGGGACGGCAUGGUCAUGAGCGACUGGUAUGGAACUUACACUACGACCGAUGCUGCCAAUGCCGGCCUGGAUCUCGAGAUGCCUGGCCCGUCACGCUUCCGUGGCGAGCUUCUCAAAUUCUCCGUCUCUACCGACAAGGUCCAACAACACGUGCUGGACGAGCGAGCUCGUGCUAUGCUUGUGUUCGUCAAGAAAUGUAUGAAGCUGGGCAUCCCAGAAAAUGCAGAGGAGAAGACAGGCGAUACGCCUGAGACGGCGGAACUUUUGCGCCGGAUCGGCGGCGAAUCCCUUGUUUUGUUAAAGAACAAGAACAGCGUGCUUCCACUGAAGAAGAAUAAGAAGGUAGGUCUCACGCCCGCCACCAUCCGGCCCCUCCAUCCCCCCGGCAUUCAAGGUUGCCCGAAGCUAAUGGAAAUGCUCGAUAAGACUGUCAUCAUAGGUCCCAAUGCGAAAAUCGCAACCUAUCACGGCGGCGGCUCAGCCUCUCUUGCAGCAUACUACGCUGUGACUCCCUUCGAUGGUAUCAGCCAAAAGCUUGAAUCCGAACCCAUAUACGCACAAGGCGCCUAUUCCCACAAGCUGUUGCCCCUACUGGGCAACGUGGUCAAGUCGCCGUCUGGGGAGCGAGGAAUGGUCUUCCGAGCAUAUACCGACCCCCCCAGCGUUACUUCUCGCAAGCCAGUCGACGAGCGCAUCCUGACGAACACGGAACUCAACCUCGUCGAUUACUACGUAAUCAAAAACCCGCUGUGGUACGCCGAAGUAGAGGGCUCCUUCGUUGCCGAAGAGGACUGUGAAUAUGAACUUGGUCUCAUAGUUUGCGGUACAGCCAACCUCUUCGUCAACGGAAUGCUGGUCAUCGAUAAUGAGACGAAGCAGCGCCAAGGCGAUGCGUUUUUCGGCACUGCUACGGUCGAAGAAAGGGGCACGACCGAACUCAAGAAGGGUGAGACCUAUACAUUCAAAGUCCAAUUCACGUCAGCCCCCGCAUCUAAGCUUCAGGGCAAUAACGUCGUCUUCGGCGGUGGCGCACUACGUAUCGGCGGCUGUAAGGUCAUCGACGACAAGGAGGAGAUACGCAAAGCUGCGGAACUAGCAAGAGAUGCUGAUCAGGUCAUUAUCUGUUCUGGCCUGAAUGCCGACUGGGAGACUGAGGGCCACGACCGCGACCAUAUGGACCUGCCUGGCUAUCUUAACAAACUCAUCUCUACCGUCGGCAAAGCAAACCCCAACACAGUAGUGGUGAACCAAUCAGGCACCCCGGUCACUAUGCCAUGGAUCAAUGAUGUAGCAGCCGUUAUCCAGGCGUGGUACGGCGGUAACGAGACCGGCAACGCUAUCGCGGACGUUCUCUUCGGCGACGUGAACCCCUCUGGCAAGCUCUCCCUAAGCUUUCCUAUUCGAGUACAGGACAACCCGGCGUUCCUGAAACUAUCGUGCUGA